UCGCUGUAUCUGGCAAAUGGUGGCUACCUUACCGUACAGAACAUCGACCAGGCCAGGCCUCAGCCAGGAACAACUGAAAUUACUCCUCAGUCGACUAGUCUGUCAUCUCUGAGGCGUCCACCGAACGCUAUGGUAUCGUCUCUGAGGUCUUUGAUGGUGAAUCCUUUUUCGAGCACUGAUAUGAACGCUAUUGUCAUGUAUGUUGACCAGCAAGGAGUCGGUUCGUAUGAUCUCUACUCCUGCACUAACGCCCAGCUCGCCCAAGGACUUCGAGAUCCUCUAGCUCCGAAGGAAGGCGCUGCUUGUAACGGUGCAUGCUUCGUGAGCAGGAACAGACUGGCGGUACUCCAUCGAGACAAUACGAUCGGAUUAUACAAUUUGAAUAACGAGUUGGUGAAGAAGUUCGAUCCACCGGUGCCCAAGAAUCAGAGCAACGUUGAGGCCAUCUACCAGGGCGGGAACAACAAGGUCCUCCUGCGGUCUGGGGAGGUAGUGCAGCUAUUCGACUUCAACACGAGGAGUGUGGUUGGCGAGAUCACUGUGGCUGGUGGUGUCCGUUACGUCGUGUGGAGCAAGAACAUGGAUUACGUGGCCUUUUUGGGCAAGCAUAACAUCACAUUAGCUAACGGGCGUAACUUGGAGCUCCUACAUUCUCUACAUGAGAACGUCAGGGUGAAGUCGGGU